CUUCUUCUUCUUCUUCUUCUUCUUCUUAGUUAGUUAUUAAUUAACUAUUAACUACCUAGGUUGUCUCUUCUAUUGCCCGCGAGAGCUUUACCCCUCCCCGAGGUCAGCUUAACUUGUUCUUGCUACUCGCAUCAUCUCACCUCUCUAUUUCUCUGCCUAGGAUUCCUUGAUCAGUUUAUUUAUUUAUUUAUUUAUUUUUCUUCCUCGCGUCCAUAUUCGUUCUAUAGGAGUCCAUCUGUCCUCUCUUCCAGCCCACUCAUUCGCCAUCUGUCCGCCCUCCUCCCCUCCUCCUCCUCCUCCUCCUCUUCCAACCAUGACGCCGCCAGCUAUCAUUGCUCCGUCCAUUCUAUCGGCAGAUUUUGCCGCCCUUGGGUCAGCAUGUUCAGAUGUGAUGGACUGGGGAGGUGAUUGGAUUCAUGUGGAUAUCAUGGAUGGCCAUUUCGUCCCCAAUAUCACUUUUGGCCCGCCCGUUGUAACCAAAAUCCGGAAACAUGUAGCCGAGCCUAAUAAACACUGUGAGAAAGGUACCUUUGAUUGCCAUAUGAUGAUUGCAGAGCCACAGAAAUGGGUGAAAGAGUUCAAGAAAGCAGGUUGCAACUUAUACUGUUUCCAUUAUGAAGCAGCCGUCGCGUCAACCGCCGCGAAAGACCCAAUGGAUAACUCCACAACGCGCCGCACCAGUCCCACCGAGCUUAUUCGGUAUAUCCAUGAUUGCGGUAUGCGAGCUGGUAUAGCUAUCAAGCCAGAGACGGACGUUGAUGUGUUGUGGGAUAUACUUGAUCAGAAAGAUGAAUUGGACACACCUGAUAUGGUUCUCAUCAUGACCGUGAGACCCGGAUUUGGCGGACAAAAGUUCAUGGAGUCUCAAUUGGAGAAGGUCAGGGCGCUACGAGCACGGUAUCCCAAGAUUAACAUUCAAGUCGACGGGGGUCUGGGAGAGGACACCGUGAAACUAGCGGCGGACGCUGGGGCCAACGUGAUUGUUGCUGGGUCGGCUGUAUUUCAUGCACAGAAUCCUGGGCAUGUAAUUAAAUUACUAAGGAAUGCGGUUGAGGAUCAGAGGAAAAAGUCCACUUGAGGAGGCCAAUGCGAAGUCCAUGAAGGUUAGAUAGAAUUGAUGCUUUGCAGGGAAUAAGCAGAAACAGCCGAUGUAGAAGACGUAAAUACUCUCAAUACCGUACUGUACAUACAAAAAUGUUGCUGGGGCGGUUGCGCCUAAGAGACCCGCAAAGGGAAAAGGAAUUCGGGAAUAGCCCUUUAAAUGUCUUUGUGGCGUUUGUAUCAAGGAUCAAAGGUGCAAUACACCCAGAUGUGAUAUAAAGAUAGGGAUCACCGCACAAGCAGAGCAGCAGCUAGUGAAUUAUCCUGAUUAAAGGGGUUAUUUUCUAUCAUUUUAGCUAAGCGUAUAAAUCCUGGAUUAGCUCUCGUAGCCUCCUCAUAACCCACUUCAGACUCAGUCUUCCGAGGUUUCUGCGGUGGUCUCUCCUUCGCCCACUUUCUUCUCCGUGCUACCUUCAUCCUUGCUUUGUAGUGGGUAAAUCUGCUCCCUCUCCCGCAUCAUUCUCCUUCCCUUCGACGUGUUCGGUUGCAGGAACGGCAUCUGGCUUCUCAGCUUUUCCUUCAUCCUCAAGUAUGGCCCCUUCCUGCAAUGUACUAAGCUCUUCGACAAGCUGGUCUUGGUCGCUGGGCGACGUGGCAGAGACCACAGACCCACGAUGAUGCACCGGCAUGGACACUCCUUCGGGGCUGUUUACCUUCAAGUCAGCAGUGGAUUCGGCAGCUACCCCAGAGAGUGACGGUCUGUCAGCCGAGAUGCUUUGACGAAUUUCUUUUAUACGCUCUAGUGCACUUUUCGGUGCCUCCAGGGAUUCCGGGCUCCGCUUCGCUUCAGGUUCGGGAGUUUUAGGACUCUCCUGCUCUAAUGCAGCCGAGGGCCCUUGGGCAGUCGUAGCCUCAGACUGUUGUGAUUCCGGCUGUUUUGAUUCAGGCUGUGUUGAGAUCGAUUUGGCGGCUAGGUUUGUUCUUGUGUUGUCCUUAGCUUUUGAAGCUGCCUCUUCCCCGGCUUGUCGUAAAGCGAGCGUGAUGCGAUCUUCCGUAUGUGAUUCCCUUGACGGGGGGGGCUCUUGUAUUUGGAUUCGUGAGGGAGUGGAUUCUCUGGGAACUGAAGUUGCAGCGGCUGUGACUGAGGGGGCAGUAAUAUCCGGUUUUGACGAAGCAGUAGUCGUGGCCGACGGUAUGGGGCUACUUUUAGACUGCGAAAUCUGCAGUUGCUCUUUGAGUUCCCCAUAUUCAUUCCAUUCCUCAAUCUCUUUUAAAUCCUAAGCAUGGUUCUGUCAGCCACGACAUAUGCACCCGUGUAUAAAUAUACACCCAAUAUAUGUAAUAUACAAGUAAAAAUGCCACUCACCGCAACGACCAUCUCGUCCCUCACCAGCACGGGCAGGCUUUUCCCCUUUGACCGCCUACGCCACAUUGUGCGGGCUUCCUCAUCUGUGGCAACAUCAACAGCCCGAAACUGAAUUUUGUUGGCUUUUAGGAUUGUUUCCACUCGCGAGGUGGCUGU